AUGAUCAAAGAUGGGAAGGAGGUUUCUCUACCCUCUAUGCCUUUUGUCGUCAACAUUUCCGAUGUAAGUGGGGUCACAAGAAGCGGGUGUGUAUUCACUACGGUACCACCAAGAAAUGUUGAAGCUUCAGUUGGAAAGAAAAUGCAAGUUGAGGCGUCAACUGUGAGCAAUAAACCUGAUAUUGUGGAAGAGUCCAGUGGGGCUAAUAUCAAUUCCGAAUUUGAUGAGGUUUGGAGAUUAAUCAAGAAGAGCGAAUACAAAAUUGUGGAUCAGCUCCUAAAAACCCCUUCCAAAAUAUAUGUUUUAUCCCUGUUGAUGAGUUAUGAGGCUCAUAGGGAGGCUCUACAAAAGGUGCUCGAGCAAGCUUAUGUCGACCAUGAUGUAACGAUUAACCAAUUUGAUAGCAUCAUCGCCAACAUAACUGCCUGUAACAAUUUGAGCUUCAGUCAUGAAGAACUCCCAAUAGAAGGCAAGGAUCACAACAUGGCUUUGCAUAUUUCCAUGAAUUGCCUUACUGAUUCUCUAUCUGGUGUAUUGGUGGACACAGGUUCUUCACUCAACGUCGUUCCAAAAUCAACUUUGUCUAGAUUGACUUUUCAAGGAGCUCCUAUAAGAUCUAGUGGGGUUAUUGUCAAAGCUUUUGACGGUUCUAGAAAGACUGUCAUCGAAGAAGUGGAUCUCCCCAUGACCAUUGGCCCGCAUACUUUUCAAAUCACCUUUCAAGUGAUGGAUAUCCAUGCUUCUUACAGUUUUUUGUUGGGUCGCCCUUGGAUCCAUGAGGUCGUGGUUGUCACUUCAACUCUUCACCAGAGGCUCAAGUUUGUAAGAAAAGGGAAGCUAGUCACAGUAUGUGGAGAAGAAGCUUUAGUUGUAAGUCACUUAUCGUAUUUUUCUUCCGUUGAUGCUCAGGACGAGAUUGGAACCCAAUUUCAAACUCUAUCUGUUGCUGACAAGAAUGUACAAGAGAAUGGAGCUUCCCUUUGUUCCUUCAAUGAUGCACGACAGUUAGUCGAAGAUGGCUCAACAAGUGGAUGGGGACAAGUUGUGAGUCUCCCUAAAAACAAAUUUCGUGAAGGCCUUGGCUUCUCACCUACAUUUUCAAAGUUUUCUAAACAAGACGCAGUUCUUCAUCCUAUUCAAGAAACUUUCCGAAGUGGAGGAUUCAUCAAUCCUACUCAAUCUGAAACAAAUGUUGUCAUUGAAGAAGACCCUGAGGAGGAUGCAUAA